AUGAUCGGACACAUCUACCGCAUUAUCCACCUUGAGAGCGACAUCCAAUACGUCGGGAGUACGUUCAAUGAGCCACGCAAGCGUUGGCAAGCACACAAGUCUGCACUUGUACGAUGGACCAAAGACAAUCAAGGCACUGUUUCCAUCUUUCCUUACUUUCAAGAGUAUGGCAUCGAUCAGUCCAAGCUGAUUCCAAUCAAAAGCUAUGAUGUAGCUGAUCGCAAAUGUCUUCUGGCUAUGGAACAACUUUGGGUCAGCAAACUUCGCUGUAUUAACAAAAAUAACCCAUUUUUAAGCAAUAUUAUGAAUCCAACAAACAAACGAUCACUGAAUAUAAAAAAACAAUAUUAUCAGACAAACAAAGCGGCACUGAAUGCCAAACAGAAGAUUUAUAACAAGGCUAACGAAGACAGUAUCAAAGCUCGUAGAAGACAAAAAUAUCAGUGUGAAUGCAGCUGUCGCUAUAGCUACGGUUGUAAGACAACUCACCUUAAUACGAAGAAGCAUCAACGCUGGUUGAAUGCUCAAUAA